UCCAAGGAGCCUAACUGCUUCUCCAGAUGUGCUUUGAUGGGACGCCUGGACUGCAGGCUGGACUCCACAAGCCGAGGUGAGCGCUCCGUCAGUCCACCCUCCGACCCAGAUUGGCGUGCUUGGGUCCAGAGCAGCACGGCCCCGACAUCCUGCAGACUGGAGCUGACCCUAUACCCACGCGGGACACUAACAAGUAGCAUCGCCCUCUGCUGCCUCCAGAAAGUGCCUUCGCUUCACCGUAAGCUACUAGUGGGGUGUGUCAUUCCAGGUGCGAUGAUGUCGUAAAUGUGACUGAGAAAUGAUGGCUCCCACAUGCGUUUCCAUUGGCUGGGCAGCCGUGGCACUACUCACCUCGCUAUUGGCCACCUCCCUCGCCCUGCACCCCUGUCCAAGGUCCUGCAACUGCCCCGGACCACGAGAGGUACACUGUACCUUCCGCCAUCUCCUGUCCAUCCCACCCAGCUUACCUGAGGACACAGAACGCAUCAAUUUGGGCUAUAACAGCAUCCAGCUGGUAGGUGCUUCUGACUUCACCAAGCUCCCACGCGUUGAGAUGCUCAUGCUCCACGGAAAUGACAUCGUGUCUGUAUCUUCUGGAGCCUUCUAUAAUCUGCGUUCACUACAGAUGCUGAAGCUGAGCUAUAAUAAGCUGAAGCGCCUAGACCCCGGCAUGUUCUGGGGGCUGUCGGGCCUGGUGCGGCUGCACCUGGACCACAACGCCAUCGAGACCAUCGAGCCACUCUCCUUCAGCGGCCUCACCUCCCUCAAGCUGCUGCAGCUGGAGGCCAACCGACUGCGGGAGCUGCACCCCCACACCUUCAUCACCGUUUCCUUCCUGGGCACCUUCUGGGGCUCCGGCCUGCGCCACCUGCAUCUGUCCGACAACCAGCUGGAGUUCCUGCUGCCCGAGACCCUGCAGCACCUGAACAAGCUGGAGGUCCUCUCCCUGCAUGGCAACCCCUGGGCGUGUGACUGCCAUCUGCACUGGCUCGUAGAGUGGCACAGCAGGAACGAGGGGGUGAUUAAGUGCAAAAAAGAACGCAGUUCCAGCCUGAGUGAGAGCUGUGCCAUUUGUCGCACCCCCCAGCACCUCAACGGCAGCCACAUCUUCCAGCUGUCUGCUAGUCAGCUGCCCUGCGAGAAGCCCAUGGUGCAGUCCCCGCUGAAGCUGCGGGACGUCGCCGCUUGGGAGGACUCUGAACCUGAUCUCCCCUACACCAAGGACCUGGAGCCACCCCUGGGGCAGCUCACCUUCGUGCUGUCCGACAGCCAUGAAAACCGGGCACACGUCAGCUGUGCAGUGAAACGGCCAAGCGAGGCCUCCACCGUGGCUUGGGAGAACCUGAAGAUGCCAGGGUGGGUGGCAGUCAACGUGACCCUGGCCAGCCAGCUGGAGUGCGAGAUCGACCGGGACGAGCUCCAGAAUCUCUGGAAGCUGGUCGCCUACUACUACGAGAGCCCGGCUAUUUUGGAAAGGGGUCUGAGGCAGGAAAACACUAGCAGGACCACGUUUCAGUAUUCCCAGAUGGCAAAUGAGGACUCGCCCUACUUCACUGAGCUCAAGGGCCAUCUAAUGGCGGAGCCGGCUUGGCUGCUGCAGCCGAGGGUCACUCUGCAGCUAAACAGACGCAGGACCACAACAAAAAAACUGGUCCUGAACUUCUCCACCUUCAUCUCAAAGCACAUCAGUGGCCAGGAAGACAAAGGGGCUGACAUGUACACCUGGGCCAUGGUACAACGGGGAACCCCUGGGAGACUGCAGGCUGUUCUGGAAGGUUCUGACGUCAAUCUGGAAUGUAAAGUCAUCAGUUCUGGAAGAAAGACUGUGCAGUGGAUGCUCCCUGAUCUGUCCAUUCUUAACACUUCCCAUGACAGACUGGAGGCCUCAGAGGAUGGAGUUUUAGUCAUAAAAAGUGCAAGUAUGUCUGACUCUGGUUUGUACCACUGCCUUGUGCAGACAUCCAGUGAUGUGGAUGUUGUCUCUUUCAGGCUGACAGUGCGGGAGCUCCUGCUUAGUCCUGAUUCGAUGAAUGGUCAGGCGAUGUCUGUGGAAAGUGAAGGAACCCUCACUCUCCCCUGCUCUGUUUCUUCAGUUCAGCCCAGCAAAAUCAGCUGGUUCCUGCCUGGAAAUCAGAUCUUGCACCCUUCACCACGACAUGACAGAGUUUAUGUAGCCACAAAUGGCACACUGGUCAUUAAAAGGGCAGCACAAGAGGAUGCUGGGGAAUAUAGCUGUUUGGCAUCUAAUCUUUAUGGGGCGGACAUGCUGUCUCAUCGUGUCACGAUCAUGGGAGAUAAAGACACAGAAUCACAGAGCGCAGAGCAGCUGACAGGAAGUGCCCCUGUCAAGAAUGUGAAAUUUCCUACGGAGGACUCUGAAGACGAAGGUUCGGGUUUCUGGACAACAGGACGCCUGAUUCCUACACCGGCGCCUCGCAGAACGAUUGGAAAGCCUCAUGGUUCCGGCCGGAGUUUCAGUCAAGUUAACAGGGGGGUGAACUUUAAGGAGGGAAAGAGGAAGUUAAACAAGUCUGUUAAGGAGCUUGACCCUAACCGUUGGGCUCAGAUAAUAGCUAAGGCUCAUGCUAAGGGCUCAACUAGCACACAAUCUACUUCUGUGGCAUCUGCAGCAGAGACAAUGACAGCUACAAGUAAAAUGAGUACUGCCACUACUCCCACUCCAACAACAACUACUUCAACCACGUUAACCCCGACUCUUUCCACUACUACUACUACCAUAGCUUCUGCUAUUACCACUGCAGGUCGGGAGAGCACAUCAGAUGAAUUCACUACCACAAUACCUACUUAUUUUGACAGAGAUUCAAACAUUCCUAAACCAACUUUGUUAAAUUCCAAUUCUGUUGACAUUACUUACAAUGGUAGUAGUCAUGUGACUCUUUCCAAUCAGCAACCGGUAGCACAGCCUGAACAAUCAAUGGACCAACGUCCAACAGUGGGUGGGGCAAAAUCAUCCUCCAAUUCCUUUACAGGAAACCGACGGAGACUUCCAUAUCGACGAAGGAGACCCCCCCAGCGAAAGAUUCAGCCAAUAAAUUUAAACCCCUCAAAGGGUAAAGUAGAGAGCAGUCAACAAGUCCCUUCAAACACAACCAGAAACAGUGACAGGACAGACAAAUAUAGAAAACACGAAAAUAAUGCAACGUUGCCAAGGGCAUCAAUAACCGUUGAUAGUUCAAAUGAACAGGUUAAUUUACCUUCAGAUCACCAGCUUCCUCCAAUAACAGAGGAAUCUGCUCAUAGUGAGCUACUAACCCCAACAGUAGGAAGUUUACAAAGGAUUCAUCAGUCUGUUACAGGUAACACUGCCAUCAGUACAACUGUAUCAGGAUAUAUGCCAUACAUUACUGCAGAACGAAACCAGAGGAAGGAGGCAGAAAGCACUAUGGUGUCAUCUGAAAAAGAUAAUAAUGAAUUUACAUGGAAAACAACCACGGAACCCAUGUCUAUUCGGUUUAACUCCCCUGUAAACAUCAAACCCCCAUCAAUGCAAGACAGAGUCUCUGCAUCUCCAGCCACAACACACAUAGUGCCAUUGAUGGAGCAAAAGGGUUUGUCCAAUAAAAGCAAUCCAGCCAUGGCAAAUAAGUGGAAAGACUCCCGUAACACAGGGAGUCCAUGGGAUAAGGAUUCCACAAUAUCUAAAUCUAAGACCCACCAUCCUCCAGCAGCUCCUGUCGAUCACCCCUGGUCCAGGCAGCAGCACGUUCACAAAAAGGUUAAUGUUCCAAAUACACAGCCGCCCUCUACUUCCACCUUCUCCUGGGCUCACUGGGCUCAAUUCACCUCCUGGCCACCGGUUUAUAAUUCACGCCUGUAUCCUUCCUCUGUGCACAGACCUUGGAAUUCCCUUCACCCAGUCGGCAGGGACGAUGGGGUGACAAAUCGGCCAGGAAUUACUGCUCAGACUGUCAAACCAACGGUUUUCCCGUCGGAAUCAGGCCCAGCCCAGACAUCACGGCCCUUUAUAAGCUCCUCAACCAGCAGAACCAGAGACUACUGGCUCUCGAGGUUCAGAAACAGACAUAAGCAAUCGCAGCUCGAUGUCCAUCGCCUUUCACAACUAGGGAAGAUCAUCACACCGAAACCUAGAGUCAGUUCCCCUACCCCAAAACCAUUCGAGGCUCCUGUUACUCCAAGAAGCCACAGUACGGCAGCCCCCACACCAUUUCCUUCACACACAAACAGGCCACACCAUACAGCCAGUGUUUUGUAUGGUAGCCGAUGGCACUACCACCACGGGGGCCCCAGAAUUUUGAGCACUGCGCUACCCUUCCCUCAGCUGAUGGGCAGUGGGGUGAAGCCGAGGAUAACUUCAGCUAAUGUCGUUAGCGUCUCAGCCCUGGCCGAGUCGGACGUGGUGCUGCCCUGUGAGUCCAAGGGGGACCCAAAGCCGAUGGUCUCCUGGACCAAAGUCUCCACCGGUGCCACCAUUCAAGAGGACACAAAGCACGGGCAAAGGUUUGAGGUUCUGAGGAACGGCACGUUUGUGAUCCAGAACGUCCAGCUGCAGGACAGAGGGCAGUACCUCUGUACAGCGCAGAACAAGUUUGGAUCGGACCGAAUGGUUGUCACGCUGGCGGUGCUGACUCAGCCUCCUAAAAUCACAGCCCCGGCUUCCAAAGAUGUAUCCGUAUACCUGGGAAGGCCUGUCAGUCUGGACUGUGUAGCAGGGGGGAGGCCCAAGGCUCAGAUUUCUUGGCUCCUUCCAGACCGAACAUUCGUGCGUGAAGAAUCUCCCUCAGAUGCUGCAGCCACUCUGCUCUUAGCCAAUGGCACGCUGAUGAUCCCGGCAGCCAACUUCUCCAGCAAAGGGGACUACAAGUGCAUCGCAAGCAAUGCGGCAGGGGCGGACACAGUGACCUAUCGCGUCCAUGUGGCUGCCUUGCCACCAGUUAUCAAAGAGGAGGCCUCGGAAAACAUCAAGAUGAAGGAAGGCUGGAACGUCUACAUGCACUGCACAGCUAAGGGGGAACCCCUACCUUUCCUCAAGUGGACUAUUCCAAGUGGGGAGCACAUCAAGCCAUCCCAAUUCCUUGAUGGCCGUCUCUUCGUCUUUCCCAACGGCACGCUGUAUGUGAGAAGCAGCUUGCCCACCGACUCCGGGAAGUACGAGUGUUAUGCCACCAAUGCGGUGGGUUCCUCCAAGAGAGCGGUACAGCUGGACAUCAGACAGGAGCCCUCCAGUCCCCGGCACAGUCCGUCCCAGCCGCACAGAGUAACAGCCAUGUACGGUUCUACAGUGUACUUACACUGCCCUGAGUCGAUGAGCAGCCAGCGCGGUGCCCUCUGGAGACUGCCCUCCAAAACACAGCUAGAUCAUCGCUACAGUCCUGAGAGACCGGUAACUGCCUUCCCCAACGGCACACUCAGGAUCCAGCAGCUGACAGACAGGGAUGCGGGUACCUACUACUGUAUAUUCCAGAGACCCAAUGGAGAGGAGAUGGAGCUCUUCCUGGUCGAGGUCCUCAUGAAGCCACCCAAGAUAGAACACUUAGGCACAGCUGCAAAGAAAGUUGUGUACGGGGCCAAUUUCCAAGUUGACUGUGUAGCCUCAGGCCUCCCGGAUCCGGAGGUGUCCUGGACUCUGCCUGAUGGCACCAUGAUAAGCAAUGCCCUCCAGUCAGAUGACAGUGGGACACGAUCUCGUCGCUACAUAAUUUUUGGGAAUGGUACACUCCUGCUGCAACAGAUGGGCAAGGGAGAUGAGGGUGACUACACAUGCUACGCUAAGAAUGAGCUUGGGGAGGAUGAAAUGAAGGUUAGCAUCAAGGUGGUCCAAGACUCUCCCAAGAUCUUGUCCAAGGACCAGGGGUCCCACUGGGGUCAGCUUGGCAAGCCAACCUAUCUGAAGUGUGAGGCUAGAGGUGACCCUCCUCCCACGAUUAUAUGGAUUUCACCAAGAAAUGACAUCAUUGGAUCUCUUUCCCCCAAGUACCAAAUCUUAGAUGAUGGCACCCUAGUAAUUAAGCAGGUAGGUUUAGAUGAUCGGGGAAAGUAUGCUUGCCUGGCCAGGAACUCAGCAGGAGAUGAUAUUAAAAAUGUGAGACUUGAGGUAGAGGCAAAGAAGCCUCACAUAAACGGCAAAGGGGGACAGACUAGCAUGAAUAUUUUGGCAGUGUCUUAUCAGACACAACUUCUGGAUUGCAAAGCAGAGGGAAUGCCAGAACCAGCCAUCAUCUGGACCACAUCUCGUGGGAUCUCAUUGCCAGCUCCUUAUCAAGGUGGUAGGUUCCAAGUACAUCAAAAUGGGAGCCUGGAGCUACGAGGCUUGAGAAAGACAGAUGAGGGUCGCUUUACAUGCCUAGCAAAAAACGAUAUGGGCGAGGCAUCCUUGCAGAUUGACCUUGAAGUGGCAUCUCUUGCUGAGAAGCCAAGCUUUGCAAUCCCAAAUAUUGAGGUUCUACCCCUUAAGGCUGAUGGAAAGGACAUUGUCCUGAAAUGUCUUGCCCGAGGCAAGCCAGUCCCAGAAUAUGUGUGGGUGCUACCCAAUGGCACAGUACUCAUCCCAGGCACUAGACUUCAACGUUUCCUUCACUACCAAGGCAACGGAACUUUGCGAAUACUGCAGUCGACGACAACUGACAAAGGAGUCUAUCGUUGUUUAGCCAAAAAUGUAGCAGGACAAGCAGAGAAGCGCUACUCCCUGGAACCAGGAAAGAAACCCCAGGUCCGGGGAACGUCUGGACCAGUAAAGAUUUCCUUCGGCCAGAAUCUAAACCUCCCUUGUGCUAUCGAUGCCUGGCCUCAGGCUACCAUAUCUUGGCAUCUACCCAGUGGCUUGAUGUUGAACAAACCUCAGGUCAUUGGUAGAGUGACUGUCUUAUCAAAUGGCACAUUCAUUCUCAGAGACAUCACCACAUUUGACCGAGGCACCUACACCUGCAAAGCCACUAAUAUGUUUGGCUCAUCUACCAUUUCCUACCCUGUGGCGGUGACGGUCUAUCCCCCCCGCAUCACAAGUGCACCCCCAUCCAUAAUGCGAGUGAACAGGGGAUCAUCCGUCAUACUCAACUGCAUCGCCGUUGGCACGCCCAAGCCUGACAUCUCCUGGACUCUGCCUGGUCGGACAACUCUUGUUCCCAGUAACCGUUUCGCAGCACAGGGCAGCAUCCAUAUGACGGUGGAAGGCAGCCUGGUGAUACAAAAGCCAGUGCUCAUGAACUCAGGGAUUUACAAAUGCAAUGCAAAGAACUCUCUGGGAACAGACUUCAAAGCUACAUACCUUCAAGUCAUAUGAGCAGUGGGCCUUAACUUACCUUUCAGCCAGAAAUCAUGAGCUGAAUUUCAUCCACUGGAACAGAAUCUUUAAGUCAAGUGUGCAUGGCAUCAGGUAUCCAGAGUUGGGUAAUUCAGGUCUAGAGAGUAAAAGUCCAGACCGGGAUUUUGUUUCAACCAACCUGUUGAGUACUAUGUGACUGUGACUCUUUAUGCUCAACUGUUUUGUUGAAACAAAAUCCCAGAUUGGACUUUUACUCUGUGGAUCUGAAUUACCCAACUCUGCAGGUAUCUAUCCCAAAUUGCUUUCUGUGCAUAUUCAAGAAACCUUACAAGCAAAGCUCAAGAAUAUUUCAUCCACUGUCAGCAGCAUUUCAUUAUUCAUAACAUUAUGAGAAAACCAGCUAAUCAAAAGUUCAGCAAGGACUAUCCUGAAAGUUUUUUUAUCCUCUUAUUUAUGAAAGUACCAAUUUGUAAAUAUUUAAUUAUGUUAUGCCAUUCCUUGUAUAAAAAUCUCAUUACAGUU